UGAAAAUCAGUGUGUGUUUCUGCCUGUCUUUCAGACUGAGCAUGAACUCAGGAAAUGUCUCGGGCAAUGUGGCUUUGGACUCAGUCAGUUCUGUUACUUUUACUCAGGACACAGAUGGCACUAUUAUACUGCACUGUACUCAAAACGAGGAUGGUCAUAUUGGGUCAGAUGAGGAGGCUGAACCAAUUCAUAAACGACUGCGGCUGUCCAGUGAGGAGAACGAUGACUCUAUCGCCACUCCAUCUGCAUACUCUGUUGUCACACUUCCUAUUUCAGAGCGUGAGGAGAGCUUUGAGGUGACAAUGACUGCUACAGAGAUGAAAGAUGAACUGGAUCCGGACAGUGAAGUUCAAAUGAAGGAUGAAAAGUUGUCAACAAGAAAAACAUCUGAUGUGACCACAGUAAGUCAAGCCUGGUUUACGACGAAAGAGGACAAGGACACACUAGUGAACAAAGGUCACAAGUGGAAACAAGGCAUGUGGUCAAAGGAGGAAAUUGAUAUAUUGAUGACUAACAUUGAAAACUACCUCAAGAACCGUGGAAUUCAGGAUGCCACGGAGAUCAUCUUCGAGAUGUCAAAGGAGGAUCGAAAGGAUUUCUAUCGCAGCAUUGCCUGGGGUUUGAACCGACCUCUUUUUGCAGUGUACAGACGCGUGCUGCGAAUGUACGAUAAUCGCAAUCACGUAGGAAAAUAUACCCAAGAGGAGAUUGAGAGGCUAAAAGAGCUCAGACAAAAGCAUGGAAAUGACUGGGCAACCAUCGGAGCAGCACUUGGGCGAAGUGCCUCUUCAGUAAAGGACCGCUGCAGACUUAUGAAGGACACUUGCCAUACAGGUAAAUGGACAGAGGAUGAGGAGAGGAGGUUGGCAGAGGUGGUACAUGAACUAACAGGCACAGAAGCAGGUGACGUAGUUACUCAGGGUGUUUCAUGGGCAACUGUGGCUGAUCGGGUCGGCACCCGCUCAGAGAAGCAGUGCCGCUCUAAAUGGUUGAACUACCUAAACUGGAAACAGAGUGGUGGCACAGAGUGGACCAAAGAGGAUGACAUCAACCUUGUGAACAGGAUUAUUGAGCUGGAGGUUGAAGAUGAAAAUGAAAUUAACUGGGACAUUCUGGCUGAGGGGUGGAGCAGUGUUCGCUCACCUCAGUGGCUUCGCAGCAAAUGGUGGACCAUUAAAAGACAAGUUGCCAAUCACAAAGAACUCCCCCUUCCUGUCUUAUUAAAAGGGCUGCAGGAUAUUGUGGAAGCUCCAUCAUCAUCAGUAAACAAAGUGGUGGUGGUAGGAUCUCGUUCUGUUCAUGCCUCCUCCAGCCCUGUUGCUGCAUUGCAGAUCCCUGUCCAAAUCCCAGUGCAGAUCACACAUGUCGCCUCUUCAGACAGCACGAGUGGGAAUACGGAAAGUGGGACGAUUACACUAAACUCUGGAGCUCUGCAGACAUUUGAACUACUGCCCUCCUUUCACCUGCAGCCCACCAGCACACCUGGUACUUAUCUGCUCCAGACAGGGUCCAAUCAGAGUUUGCCGCUUACACUUUCAGCCAAUUCCACGUUGACACUCACAUCAGGAUCAUCACCGGGCUCAUCAGAUCAAAUAAUCUUACACAGCCUGACUGGAGACAGUGAUAAUGUGACCGUGCAGAUGUCCCAUCCUGGCAUCAUCAUUCAAACAGUGAGCUCUGAAGACCUUCCUGACCCUCUUACCCAAACAGGAUUGGUCUCUGAACAGGACUUGUCUAAUGAGGAGCAAACUGAUGAACCAGAGCACUCGAACCAGGAGGAGGAGUUAAAUAGGCAGAGCUCAAAAUCCAUGCGAGAAGACUUAACUGAUAAGGCUCUGGAUUCAAUUGAGAAGGCGGAAAUGGACAAAUCUGGGAUCGGCCAAGGUGCAGUGCUUAUAGUCCCAUCAUCGAGCUUCAUCCCGACUAGCGACAUCACUACAGAGUCUGUCCUUCCCCUUGGAACACUAACAGAUCCCAUCCUGCAGAACCAGGAAGAGGGUUCAGACUGUUGAAGAGGAACAUUAUUUAAUAAAAGAAAGAAAAAAGGUAAAGGUGACUAUUGAAAUCCAGUGAAGGCUGAGGACUGCAUAUGGUUCAAGGAUUACCACUCAACAGAUCACAAUACACUGUGUUGCAGGUAGCAAGAGCUAUUGAUUUAUAGAUUUAUAGCUUUCUCCCAGAUGCAUACAUUAGUGGCUGGUUUAAGUUAAAAGGCCACGUGUGUUAAGCUGUUUAAAUUAAAGUGAUAAGCAUUUCUUUCCUGCAGUAUUUUACUUUAAUACAUUUGUUACACUAUGUCAAACCAUUAUUCUGUAUACCAAUAUAAAGGUGAUUUAAUAUUAACGGUAUAAUUUAUAAGUAUUUCUAAACGUUCUGAGCCACUGGGCACAGGUAAGGAACAAAUACACUGGCCAUCAAAUGUUGACACCCUGUUUUUGCAAUAAUCUGCUCAUUUUCAAAUUACUUGGAUUAUUAUUUAUUAAUUAUUUUAUAAGUCAUCUGAAUUUAAAGCUUAGUAAUAAUAGUAUUCAGUGCAUAUAAAUCCCCCCCUCCUUUGCAGCCUCCAGGGCUUUCUACAAAAAAGAAUUGGAGUAUAUCUUUGGAAAUGUGUAAAUAUUUCGUCAAAAUUGCUUUUGUGAGGUCAGGCAAUGUGGUUGAACCCAAAAGUCUGGCUGGCAAUUGGCAUUCCACUUGAUUCCAAGGUCCACUGUGGGUCAGGUCAGGGUUCUGUGUAGGCCAGUGGAGUUUCUCUACAUCACAAUAAUUAAACUGUCUUUAUGGCACUUGUUUUGUGCACUGGGACACAGUCAUGUUGGAACAAGACAGGGCCUUACCUUUCUUGGAAGCCCAGCAUUUGUAUAACUGAUUUUGCACACCUUUUAGCAACAGGUGUGGUUGAAAAUAGGUGGUGUGUCCACAGUUGUUGGCCAUAUGGUGUAUUUGUGAAACACAACAUGUUUUGAAAAAGGCUGCAUCCCAAACCACUGCCUACUAAAAAGCAUGUACAAUUAGUACAUUAAUAGGGGUGUUGUUACUAUCUUGACAAAUUUAAUACAAAGUGGAUUGUUUGGGAUGUGUAUGUUGCCCUGCGAUGGACUGGCACAAUGUCCUCUGUAUAUUUAUGUCUUGCACCCAGUGUUUCUGGCUGGCCCAAGACACACUGCAACCCUGAACAGCAAUUUGUGAUAAUUGUAUAAAUACAUUAAUCUUUAUGAUUAAAAAAGGUUUGUUUUUAAAUAUAUAGUUGAACAAAAUUGUUUAACCAGUUUACAUUGGUUCUACGGGUUCUUAGUUUAAAUUUAAUGGUCUGAAGUUUGAAGUCUUCAUGUUCCAAUAUUAUUCAUUAUUUGUUUGAUUUAUAUGAAAUAUAUCAAACAUAUGUUCUGUGGAAAAAAAAAAAAAACAGUGGCGGCAGAUCAUAUAAACACAGGAAUGUCUUUUGGCAGGUCAGGUCAUGCUGAUAGCCUGUGAGUAAAUGUAUAAUCCAUUAAAUACAUUAUAGUAAUCCAUUUUUCAGGGGGCAUGGUGGCACAGCUAGUAGGUCAAGUCCCACAAAGAACCGUUGGCCCAGGGAACCUGGUUUCGAUCCUCGCCUCUGGUCCCUGUCUGUGGGGAGUUUAGCAUGUUUUCCUACUGUCUGCUUGAGUUUUCUUUGGGUAUCUUGGUUUUCUCCCCCUUUUAAAAACAUGCACAAGGUGGACUGGAUGCUAUAAUUUGCCUUGUGCAUUGAUACAGAAUUGGCAGUAGAAAAUUAAUGAAUGAGUUGAGUUAUUGAGAAUUGAGUUUAUUUUUUAAUGUAAUUUUAUAUAUUUAUUUUGGGUAGGAGAAAUUUCUCACUGAACCAGGAGACAAAUUACGAUACCUGUGGUUUACUGAGCAAACCCUUUUGUAAGAGGCUAAUGCUAACCUAGUCAUAACACUGUUCAGACGCCAUGUAAAAGAAAGAGCUGAAUUUAAUUGGUUUUUGAGUUUUAGAACUUUCUGAGCUCAAGUCGACCUGAAUGGGCAUUUAACAAACACAACUGCCCACCUUUGAGGGUGGGAAAGACGUAAAGAUUGGAAUAGUAGUGCUAGUCUAUUCGCCAUCAUGUGGCCAGAACGACAUGGUGCAAAGUGAAUUGAAAACGCUAGAAGGUGGAAACAUACCCUCCUCCACCAUAAAAAAUGCAAACCUUAGUGUCUAUAAACCUUUUGACUUGCUAUGAGAGUUUAAUUGUAUGGAUAAAGAAAAAUACACUUUUAUUCUGUAUACAAUUGAAUGAUGGAUGUGAAGGUACAUUCCUAGAACAUGUUUUGUAUAGUAAAAGUGAAACACAGAUAGUAACACUGAAUUCUAUCUAUUUCUUUCUAUUUGUAAAUACUGCUCUCUCACUGAUAUUUUAUGAAAAUGUACUGUCCCAGUAAAGACUAGCCAAACACCAAAUGUCAGCUUUACUAGUUCACUGUUAAUUAAAGUUGUAUGUUUUUUAUGUAAGUUUAUGAUUUUGUGUUUAUUUAUUAAAUAAAACAAAAUAUUGUUAUGUAAAA